UGUAGAAGUCUAUCUAAGAGAUCAACAACUGUGGGUUCUGUGACUCUCACUCAUCAUCACUGAUCCUCAUGGCAGUCUCUUCAGCAUCUCUCUCCUCUCCGGCGCUCAAUCUUGCUUCUCCGACUCUCUCUUCUCGCCCUCGCAUUUCGCUCCCGUCGUCUCUUUUCUCAUUCUCUCACUCUUCUUCUCUGUCAUCUUCUCUUUCCAUUUCUCCAUCUUUCGGUAUAUCUCCAGUAUAUUUAAAAACCCAAUCCAUUGCUUCUUCUUUCACUGUAAAUGCCAGUGCAGAAAAGAAGAAUGUCUUAAUUGUUAAUACAAAUGGUGGAGGACAUUCAAUUAUCGGGUUUUAUUUUGCUAAGGAGCUCUUGAGUUCUGGUCAUGAUGUUACAGUUUUGACUGUUGGUGAUGAGGGUUCUGAUAAAAUGAAGAAACCUCCAUUCAACAGAUUUUCUGAAAUUGUGAGUGCUGGUGGUAAAACCGUGUGGGGGAAUCCGGCAGAUGUUGGGAAAAUAGUUGCGGGGGAUGCAUUUGAUGUGGUCUUGGACAACAAUGGCAAGGAUUUGGAUACAGUCAGGCCUGUGGUAGAUUGGGCUAAGAGUGCCGGAGUGAAACAAUUUUUAUUCAUCAGCAGCGCAGGAAUUUACAAGGCAACUGUUGAACCACCACAUGUUGAAGGGGAUGCUGUUAAAGCGGACGCUGGUCAUGUUGCAGUGGAGAAAUACAUUGGUGAAACUUUUAGUAGCUGGGCUUCAUUUCGUCCACAAUACAUGAUUGGAUCUGGAAACAACAAAGAUUGCGAGGAGUGGUUCUUUGAUCGUAUUGUUCGAAAUAGACCAGUUCCAAUCCCUGGCUCCGGUAUGCAACUUACCAACAUAUCCCAUGCUAGAGAUUUAUCAUCUAUGCUAACUGCGGCUGUCGAGAAUCCUGCUGCUGCAAGUGGAAACAUAUUCAACUGUGUUAGUGAUCGCGCUGUGACAUUAGAUGGAAUGGCCAAACUCUGUGCUCAAGCUGCAGAUCUGCCCGUCGAGAUUGUUCAUUACGAUCCUAAAGCUGUUGGAGUUGAUGCAAAGAAAGCAUUCCCUUUCAGAAACAUGCAUUUUUACGCAGAACCAAGAGCUGCUAAGGAACUACUAGGUUGGAGCAGCAGUACAAAGCUUCCUGAAGACCUGAAAGAACGGUUUGAGGAAUAUGUGAAGAUAGGGAGAGAUAAGAAAGAAAUGAAAUUCGAGCUAGAUGAUAAGAUACUAGAUGCCCUUAAAGUUGCAGUUGCGGUUUAAUCAAAGUUCCCAUGUGUUGUACCUUGCAGAAAAAUCAAAAUGUUUUCCCCUAUCAUAUUUACAUUAACACAUUAUGAGUGUUCAAAGUAGUGCAUACUCAUUUUAAGCUAUGGCUAUUCUAUAAAGGGAACAGGGUUAGCGAAUCUGGAAUUUUUUGCUUCCCACUUUACCCA